CCCAAAAACAAUAAAAAAAUAUCCCCUGUCCUCAUGCAUUACCAAUAGUUAUUUCCAAAUCAUAUCUAUAACUCCCACCCACCAUAUCUUAAAACCAUGACCACCAUCACAAAUCCUAGCACCACCCUCUUCCACCCCCAUAUCACCACCUCCCGCCACCGUCACCGCGGUUCAAUCCCCUCAAUACGAGCCACAUUUUCCGGUGAAGAAACCCAAACCGACCGCCGAAAAUUCAUCCUAGCAGCCACCUCCAUUUCUUUACUAAGUUUAAACACUACCCUUAACUCUGGUGUGGCAUUAGCCGAAAAUUGGGGCACGAGGUCGUUUAUAAAAGAGCGGUUUUUCGAGCCAGGGUUGUCGGCUGAGGAUGCAGUGGCUCGAAUUAGGCAGACUAGAGAAGGGUUACAUAGUAUUAGGAACAUGUUGGAAACAAUGUCAUGGAGGUAUGUGCUGUUUUAUAUAAGAUUAAAGUCGGCUUAUUUAAAUCAAGAUUUGAAGAAUGCCAUGUCAUUGGUACCCGAUAUUAAAAAAAGUUCUUAUGUUAAAGUUGCUAAUGAGCUGGUUGAUAACAUGUCCGAGUUUGAUUAUUAUGUUCGGACGCCAAAGGUGUACGAAUCGUAUUUAUACUACGAGAAGACCUUGAAAUCAAUUGAUGAUCUUGUGGCGGUAUUAGCAUAGCGACUUGUUUAUAUAUAAUGUCAAAUACGAUUGAUUUUAAUUACGCUUAUUAUGUAUGUGUUUGAUAUGUUUUUUUGUAAGGUAAAAUUGAACAUAAAUUACAAUAGGAGAAAAUUUAAAUUUCAUUA